GGAGGAUCUGUAUGUUGUUUGUCUUUUAAACAUAUUUUAAGACUACAAAAACCGUUCUUCCUAAUAAGCGUGAAUUUCGCGUUGUUCUGUUUGACCCGUGUGGGCUUCCUUACUGGUGAAGCGGUGCUGUCCGAUGUGUCAAAAUGGCAGAGCUAACAACACUCGAGAGUCUGCUGGAGAUGGGGUUUGAUCGAAACAGAGCAGAGAAGGCAGUGGCCAACACAGGGAACCAGGGAAUUGAGCAAGCCAUGGAUUGGCUAAUGGAACACGAAAAUGACCCAGACAUUGAUGAGCCCUAUGUGCCGCCAGUGGGGAACGUCCUGGGAGGAGAAGCACAGAGCCAGCCUAGCACAGCAGACAGCUCUGAAGGUCAGGAGGGGCAGGAAAGUUUUGAAGGAAUAGCAGGUGGAGACAUCGGCUACAUUGAGACCGAGGACGGCGUCAAACGGCCAAUGACAGAAGAGGAGAAAAAUGAGCAAGUCAAGAGGCUCGAGGAGCUGAUGCGGGUGAAGCAGGCGGAGAGAAGAGAGCGAGAGCGGGCAGAAGAGGUGGAGAGGGAGAAGCAGCGAAGGAAGCAGGGCCAGGAGCUGCAGCAGAUCCGCCAAAAACUGCAGGAUGAUGAAAUGAAAAAAAUCGCUGAGCAGCGUCAGAGGGAGAAGAUGGAAGACAAACUGGCAAGGCAAAGGGUUAAAGAGAAGAUAGCAAGAGACAGAGAAGAAAGAGCGCAAAAGUUUGGAGGUGGUGCACCCUCGAGCACCGCUGCAUCAUCCCAGAAUGCCCAGCCCAGUCCGUCUUCACCCACCAGUCAGGGCCCUCCACCCACUAAAAAGGAGUAUGAUGAAUCCAGGAUACAGGUCCGUCUGCUGGACGGCUCGACCAUCACAACAGUCUUCAAGGCCCAGGAGCCGCUGGCGGCAGUGCGCGUCUAUGUGCAGAUGAACGGCAACACGCCCGAGGGUCAGGACUUCACGCUGCUGUCACCUUACCCCCGUCACGUCUACACUGAACUGGAUAUGGAGAAGCCCCUCAAAGAGCUGGGUUUGGUGCCUUCAGCUGUGCUGGUUGUUGCCAAAAAGUAAGAACAGGAGGAUCUGCUCUGUGAGCCUACCUCACCACUUCCAUUACAUCGACACCAGAGAUACCACAACAUGGACUGAUCCACAAACAGAGCUGCGGUCUUUUUAAUUUCACCCAACAAGCCAGAUAACUUAACAAAAGCACAGAUGUGUAAUUCCUCUCAAAGUGAUGAUAUGGAGGAAAAUGGUUCGACUAUCAAAAAGAAAAAGGCUUGAUUGAAUCCAUCCUCUUCUGCGCUGGUUUCACAGGCUGUGGGGUUGGUGUGUGCAGUGAGCCUGAUAGUGAAGAUAGCUGGCUUCUGACAGAUACUGCUUCAAGGAGCACCACUCAUAGUUUCAACACAUUAAAGGAAAAAAAAAAA